CUUUGACAGCUGGUUCCCACCAAUAAGACACAGAUUCAAAAUGUCGGAAAUAAUUGACGAAAUGUUGGCGGACCUUGUACUGACACGCCAGACUAUGCAAAAACAGGUGGGCAAGAUCGGUGAAAUCAUGGAAAAGUCCAACAAAACGCUGCUGCACAUUGAAACACAAAAUCUGCCGCCGCAUUCGAGAACGAUAACUUCGCCGCCAUCUGAUGAAGCUGCCGAGUCACAAAGCAUUUUCAAUCUAAAGCCAGAAUGCGAGCAAUCAAUUGUAAAGAUAUUGGAACAAUUUCAUCUGCUGAUGCAACAAUCGGUGAACGGGGACAACAAUUUAGGUGGCCCCAGUGCCCAAGAUGCCUGUUUGACGUAUCGCCAUCACUCGGAAUAUUUGGGAAGCAGUGUGCGAAAGUUGGUGGCAUUCUGCGAUACAAUGAACCAAUUGAAACUGAAUUUACAGAUGCAGGAGGAACUGGACGAAGAGGACAAGGAGAACAACGAAGAGGAGUAUUAACCGCAAAUAUAUAUUUAAAACGAAUAAAUUACAAAUUAACUUAUAGAAUUAA